UUACUAAAAAAAUUUAGUCAACCACACUAUCAUACAAAUCCCAAAUUCAUAAUUUGCUUUCCUAAUCUGUCAAAAUCUUAAAUCUCUACCUUCUGCUCUAAAGCAGCCGACAUGUCACUUCCUUCUUUCACAAUGACUCGCCAGAUGUUUGACCAAAACCGAAGUUAACUCUCCCUUUCCCCUGCUCUCCAUUUCUCCACCUACAAUCUCCUCCCCAAAUGAGACAACCUCCGCCGCAAUGAACCGCCGCCGCCCCCCGCCGCCCCUCUUUCUCCUCCUCCUCCUCCUCCUCUCGCAGCCAACCUCUGCAAUCGACUUCAUCUUCAACCAAUUCAACUCCACCAACUCGUCCUCCAGCCUCUCCCUCUACGGAUCCGCCGCCGUCGAAUCUCGAAUCCUCACUCUCACCAACUCCACCGCCUUCACCAUCGGCCGCGUCCUCUACCCACAAAAAAUCCGGACAAAAACACCUAAUUCCUCUCAUGUCAUCUCCUUCUCCACCUCCUUCAUCUUCGCCAUGGCGCCGUACAAAAACACCCUCCCUGGCCACGGCCUGGUGUUCCUGUUCGUCCCUUUCGCUGGAAUCGCGGGGGCUUCCUCUUCUCAGAACCUGGGGUUCCUCAAUCGCACCAACGACAACGACCCAAACGCCCACAUCUUCGGCGUCGAGUUCGACGUCUUCUCCAACCAGGAGUUCAAUGACAUCAACGACAAUCAUGUGGGGAUCGAUCUCAAUUCGCUCACCUCCAGAUUCGCUCACGAGGCAGGGUACUGGCCGGAUUCCUCCGCCGCCGGUAAAUUCGAGCCCCUGAAGCUGAACAACGGCGGGAAUUACCAGGUGUGGAUCGAUUACGCAGAGGGUUCGAUGAACGUGACGAUGGCGAGAGCAGGGGCGAAGCGGCCGAGGCGGCCGCUGCUGAACGUUUCGGUGGAUCUGUCGGAGGUUUUCGAGGACGAGAUGUAUGUUGGGUUCACUGCUUCCACUGGGAGGUUAGUACAGAGCCACAAGAUUCUGGGUUGGAGCUUCAGCAAUUCGAAUUUCUCCCUGGGGGAGAGCCUGAUUACUGCUGGAUUGCCGUCGUUCGUGCUUCCGUCGGAUUCGAUUCUGCAGUCAAAAGGGUUCAUCGCCGGGGUAACGGCGGGUAGCAUCGUGUUUGUGAUUUCCGGUGGUUUGGUUGCUCUGUUUCUAAUCAGAAAAACAGGGGCGAAGGAAGACGAGGAAAUGGAGGAUUGGGAGUUGGAGUACUGGCCGCAUAGGAUGGCUUACCAGGAAAUCGCGGCGGCGACGAAAGGGUUCAGCGAGGAAAACGUGAUUGGAAUCGGAGGGAAUGGUAAAGUCUACAAGGGGAUCCUCCCCGCCGGCGGAAUCGAGAUCGCAGUGAAGAGAAUCUCGCCGGAGAACGAUGGGACAAGAGAAGUUCUCGCGGAAAUCGCCACUUUAGGGAGAUUGAAGCACCGGAACUUGGUGGGAUUGCGUGGCUGGUGUAAACGGGAAAAGGGAAGCUUUCUUCUGGUCUACGAUUACAUGGAGAACGGAAGCUUGGACAAAUGGAUUUUCUCCGACGAGAGGGAGAAGAAGUUCCUGACCUGGGAAGACCGGAUUCGGAUUCUAAACGACGUCGCUUCGGGGAUCCUGUACCUCCACGAAGGAUGGGAAUCGAAGGUGCUCCAUAGAGACAUCAAGGCCAGCAACGUUCUGCUCGACAGGGACAUGAGCGGGCGGCUCGGGGAUUUCGGGCUGGCCCGGUUGCACGAGCACGGUCAGGUAGCCCGAACUACCCGGGUGGUCGGGACGGUCGGGUACCUAGCCCCCGAGGUGGUCAGCACGGGUCGGGCAUCAAGUGGAAUCGACGUGUUCGGUUUGGGGAUCCUGAUCUUGGAGGUCGUGUCCGGGAGGAGGCCGGUCGAGGAAGGGAAGCCGAUCCUAGUCGAAUCCAUGCUGGAGGCAAUGAAGGAAGGGAAGCUGACCGACUGUGUCGACCCGAGGGUGAGGGAUGGAGUCGGGGUAGUUGAGGACGAAGAAGUGGAGAGAGUGGUCCGACUUGGGUUGGUCUGCGCACACCCCGACCCCAGUGCCCGUCCCACGAUGAGGCAAGUGGUUAAGCUGUUGAAUGGGAAGAAUGGUGGUAUCGAGGAGGAGAGCGAGGACAUGGAGGCGUACUUGCUCCAACGAACGAGGACCGGGACGAUGAUGCCGAUGAGGGAUGUGUGGAUGAGUCAAUACUCGAGCAAUUUUGGGUAUGUAGGAUCGCACCCGACGAUGGAUGAUGUCAGACAGUCGCAAUCAACGUCAUCGGGGUCAUGGACCACGACGACCGUGGAGGCUAGGUGAAAAUCUAUGGAAUGAAUGUUCCUUGAUGUGUUUGGCCUUGUUGAGAAGAUGGGAAGAUUUGUGACUUUGGGUUAAGGGGAAAUGUGGCAGGUUUUGUGUACAAGGAGAGGGAGCUGCAGCAUGGAGUUGGAAGUUAGAUUUAUUUCCCUUUUAUUUGGUUCAUUACUUGGUGUGUGAUUGAUUGAUUUUUUUGGGUCAUGAGUGAACAAAAUGGAAAGAUGGAAGAGGUUUCUUCCUGUUGUAUUUUACAUGUGUAUUCUUUUUUUCACGUCAUGAGAGUCAAAAUGCGGUUGGGGCCUGCAACUUUCCCGUGGUUUAGAGAAUGAUAUUAGAACAAUGAGAAAUUAAUUUCAUCAAGCGGGGAUAGCUCAGUUGGGAGAGCGUCAGACUGAAGAUCUGAAGGUCGCGUGUUCGAUCCACGCUCACCGCAAUUUUUGUCUAAGGCCCGUUUACAAAUUUCUGUCUAGUUUAAGAUCAUGGGCUUUUGCCAUCGCCCACGAAAAUGUGGUAAGGCUCGUUUACAACAAUUUAUCAACAAUCGUUUACAAAUUUCUGUCUAGUUUAAGAUCAUGGGCUUUUGCCAUCGCCCACGGAAAUGUGGUUAGGCCCGUUUACAACAAUUUAUCAACAAUUAGAGUUAUGAAAACUAAUUGGUUGAGGAUGUUAGGAAGAACAUGGAUAGGUAAUUAACAUUUUAACAACAAUUAGAGUUAUGAAAACUAAUUAGUUUAUGACAUGAUAUCAUAGUUUUCCGUAAUUGAGAUGUUCUUCUAAUGAUUUCAGCGACUUCAUUUCCGAACUAGACUUAGGCUCAUACGAGGAGCUUGAGUUCGAGGAUGCAUGUUAGUAAAUGGUGUGAGCUCCGUAAUUAACCUUUUCAACAACGCGAGUUAUUGGAAUCAACUGAUUUAUUGACAAACAUAUAUUUAAAUAAGCAAUAAUUAAGUCACUGUAUCGUUUGGUUUUAACUCAGGAAAGUAAUCCAUUCCACACCAAGAAAUAUGUGGAUGAAAUGAUAAGAGUCUCUUUCGUUAAUGGAUGACAUGUGUAUUCAUUUAGAAUUUAGAUCUUCCAAUAACUUAGGUCAUUGAUACCAACUGAUUCUCGAUGUGAUACUAUUAAAGCCUCUCAUCUCGUGUUUACAUGUUUCAUUCCUCAUGACCUUAUAUAUAAACCAUUAACGUACACACACAAUCCGACGAAUUUGUGCAAACUUCAAACCAGUAGCACUUUUAGUAUUGCAGCUUUUACUAGCCUUCAUAACUUAUAUGAGAACUGCGCUUUCUGAUAAUGAAUAAUCCAUCUAGGAUUUUGAAUCUAAUUGACAGCAGGCGACACCGGGUAAGAGAAUCGAUCUCUCAAAUUCACAAUACAAGUCCCGGAGUAAAAGUCCAUGACCAGAGUAGAUGUAGCUGAUGAAGGUGAAGCAUGACUCUAGAGUUGAAGUAAGCUAUUGGAAGUGAUGUUUGUGUGAAACACGUAUUGGGCUCGAAUACGAUUUGUUGUAUGAGAAGCGUUUCAAGCAUUCACCCCAAAUACGGAGUCAUUUCUUAUUCGGUUUAUUGAAUUAGAGUGGUUAGUUUUAUAUUUCGUUGUUGUUAGUUUGCCACGUGUCAAGGUGAGCUUAAAUUUUAGUUUUAUUUUUCGUUGUUGGAUCCUCUAUCAUUGCUUAAGAGUUCCAGGCACUUGAAAACAUGCCACGACUAGAACGUUUUGGUUUUUCACUAGAAACUGUCAAGAACCAAUUUGUCCCAAUAACACGAGAUGUUCAGAGAGGUUCAACAAUUGAUCUUAUACCAUAUUUAACACGUCCUUCAAACAAAGGACUACUCAUAUGAGCUUGAAAUUUGUACGAGCAUAUUAGACACCAUGUUAGGAAUCAACUGAUUCCAAUAACUCGAGUUAUUGCGAGCGAUCUAGUAAUCAAUUUUAUGCGAAAUA